CCUUCAUCUUCCUCCUCGCUGUUCUUUAACCCUAUUUAUUACAAACAAUGGCUCUUAAAGCCGUCAAUGUCUCCGAUGUCCCUAAUCUCGACCAAGUCCCGGAAAACAGCGCCUCUCUCUAUUCAUCCCGUUUCAAUUCUGACGGGAUGGAGAUGAACAUGGAAAGCGACGUCUUUUACGGCACCGAAGUUUCUGGUGAUAGGGCAUAGGGGACAUGGGAUGAAUAUUAUGCAAAGCUCUGAUUCGAGGAUGGAAGCCAUUAAAGAAAACACCAUUCUCUCCUUUAACUCUGCUGCUAAAUUUCCCAUUGAUUUCAUCGAGUUCGACGUUCAGGUGACGAAAGAUGACUGCCCUGUCAUUUUCCACGACGACUUCCUUUUCUCUCAAGAAAAUGGAACUGUGUAUGAAAAGAGGAUCACAGACAUGAGUUUGGAAGAAUUUCUUUGCUUUGGACCCCAGAGGGAGGCAGGGAAACAGGGGAAAAGCUUGUUGAGGAAAUCAAGAGAUGGGAAAAUCCUUAACUGGAAUGUUCAAACUGAUGAUUCAUUCUGUACACUUGCUGAAGCUUUCCGGAAAGUUGAUUCUUCGUUAGGGUUUAACAUUGAGUUGAAAUUUGAUGACAAUAUUGUUUACCACCAUGACCGUCUCACCCGUGUUCUUCAAGUCAUUCUGCAGGUGGUAUCUGAAUAUGCUAAAGACAGGCCUAUAAUCUUCUCUAGCUUUCACCCUGAUGCUGCUCAGCUUGUUAGGAAAUUGCAGAACACGUAUCCUGUUUUCUUCUUGACAAAUGGUGGGACACAAGUUUACUAUGAUGUCAGAAGAAAUUCACUGGAGGAGGCCAUAAAGGUCUGUUUAGAAGGUGGUUUACAAGGGAUUGUUUCUGAGAUCAAAGGAGUGUUCAGAAAUCCAGGAGCAGUCCCCAAGAUCAAAGAGGCUAACCUCUCCCUCCUCACGUAUGGAAAACUCAACAAUGUGCCGGAGGCUGUUUGCAUGCAACAUUUAAUGGGGAUCGAUGGGGUGAUAGUUGAUUUUGUUCAAGAGAUAUCGCACGCUGUUGACGACAUGAUAGUUAAGCCAUUAAACGAGAGUUUUAAAGGAGGGAAUGAGGAGCAGAACAAGGGGAAGUCGAAGGUGCAGUUCUCACAGCAGGAGCUCUGUCGUUUCUUUUAAAGCUGAUUCCAGAGUUGAUACAGCACUGAAUUUAACACGACAUAGUUUUGUUGUCAUGCCACCCUUUUUACCCUUAUUUUGGGAUGUGGCGGGGGAUUAAUAUUUUUAUGUAAACAUAGCAUUUGGUAUUAUGAUUAUUGUGAUGACUUGAAGAACUUUAUAUUAUAUCAUGUAUUAUAGAA